GUAGAGGAAUGCUCCUGGAUGUUGGAAGAUGGGCUAACCAUAUGUAUUAGUUUGGAAAAGAUCAACAAAAUGGAGUGGUGGUCUCGGAUUUGUGACGGGGAACCAGAAAUCAACACUCGUAAAGUGCAGCCAGAAAAUUCCAAACUGUCCGAUCUGGACGGGGAGACACGUUCAAUGGUGGAGAAAAUGAUGUACGAUCAACGUCAGCGUGAGAUGGGUCUACCCACCUCGGAGGAUCAGAAGAAGCAAGAAAUGUUGAAAAAAUUCAUGGCUGCACAUCCAGAAAUGGACUUUUCCAAAUGUAAAUUCAAUUAA